GGAGACAUUUUACAAUAAACACACACAGCUAGCCUUCAACGGCCAACAGGGCUCGCAGAGGCGCGAGCACGCUGCGCCACAACACACUUUAAAUCUCCCAACUUAUAGUAACUUAAGUAUAUUUUGGAGGGCAGAGUUUAUGUAUCGCAAAUCAAAAAGCUUACAAAUUAACGAAGAUGUCGACAAGUCUUAUGUCGGGGAAAGAAGAUUAUAACUAACGCCGCGCAGGUGAGCUCCUGUCCAGGGACAUUGGUCCAUGUUUAUUGGACCUUUGGGCUCUGGGCUCAACUAGGAUGAAGAUGGCUGAUUCAGAGAAGACAGAUGAAUUUGUGGAUGCUGAGUGCCCCUCAGAGUGCCUUUAUGAAGCACAAUCCGCCACGGCUUCUGUUCAGGGAGAGCAAGAUGAGCAUUUGAAAACAGAGACCACCACCAGUACCAGCUCACCACCAAGGGAAAAAGAGGCAGACAGUCCUUUGAAUACAGAGGGCGAACAGAGUCUCCUCUCCAUGCCAUGCCUGAUGAAAGAGCUACGCCGAGACUCCCCAGAGUCCCAGCACACCUCUACGGGGAGUGACAAGCCUGUAUCUCAUCAUGUCUAUGAGAGUGACUCGUCAAACCCCUGCAUGCUUUCCCCCUCAUCCAGUGGCCACCUUGCAGACUCUGACACACUCUCCUCAGGGGAAGAAGGUGCUGCUCCUCCUGUAGGUGAAGAGGAAGAGGGCCAUAUGGAAGGUGUAAAUGAUGCUGGGCAGGCUGGAAGAAGGCAAUCAUCUGCCACAGCAACAGGAGGGAGGAAGUCUCGGCGGUCACGUUCAGAGAGUGAGAUGCCUCCCAAUGCAAUGGCUGCAAAGAAAAACCGCUGCCAGCCCGUAAUGGCAGCAGCCGGAGGGCAGGAAAAACAAAUCAACGGCAAGCUGGCAAAAGUUAAAGGUCAUCGGAGCCAGAAACACAAGGAGCGCAUACGUUUGCUGAGGCAAAAACGAGAGGCAGCGGCACGGAAGAAGUAUAACCUGCUGCAGGACAGCAGUACGAGUGACAGCGAGCUCACAUGCGACUCCAGCACCAGCACCUCUGAGGAUGAGGAUGAUGACACUUCAGGAGGAAGCAAGACAAUCAAGACAGAUAUUCCAGACGGGCCUCCAGUAGUGGGUCACUAUGAUAUUUCAGACACUGAUUCUAACCAGGAGAGUAUGAGUGUGGAGACAGUCCGGCCCACGGUGAUAAAGCAUGAGCUAAAAACACACAGAGGCCAGGAUAUGGCAGCUCACUGUGUAAGAGCUCUGAGCUCUAUUUCAGGCCAUGUGGAGGAAGACCUGUCGCACAAGGGCCAGAUUAACGUCGCCUCCUCUGACAGUGAGGUGGAAAUCGUCGGAGUGCAAGAGAAACCGAGAUGCGCCCACCCAUGUGGAGGUGUAAUAAAGAGUCUGUCCUCCUGGAAGGAGAACUCAGUGGAGCAGUUAAACAGCACAAAUCAACCACAGCUCUGGACUACUGUCUCUCCUCAGCCUGACUGGGUGUCCCCUCCUGAAGUGGUGGACCUCACGCUGGAUGAGGACACCGGACACAAAUAUCUACUCUAAACAACAUGUACACUGAAGACUCCCCAUUUCUUCCUCUCGCUCCUGACCCUCACCUCCCAUGUUACGGCUGAAACCCUCCCUAGUGUUGCGGCGCCGCCUGCGACUGCUUGUGGACACCUAUUGCUCCAGAGCACUGUUUGUUUUUUAACUCACUGUUGAACAAUCAUGUAUCAAAGCCAUUGCUGACGUGAUUCCCCAAUCUUGGCUUGUCAGCUAUGAAUUUAGUUGUAAUAAAAUGGCACAGCACUUCAAAUGUAGGUGGGAAUGUACGCAAGAGUGAUUUAUCUGUUAAUGAUAGCAAUAUUCUCCGUUGAUGUAAUACCUCAGUUGGCCCGUAAUGGAUUUUGUGCUGUGUGCUUGCAAGCUGUACAGUGAAAACUUCAAGUUGCUGCUUGAAAGCAGGUCAAUAUGACAAUAUGUCUGGUGACCUGUUUCACUAAAACUCUGAAAGGCGUAUUUUCAGACUGGAUUCGGCGUUUUUAUCUGCUCUCACCUGCGGUCAAGUCCAAAUGGCAGCUGGUACACUUUCUGUUGUACAGUAGACCGUAGACGGGAUCAUUAGCUUUGGACCUAUCUGGGGUCAGUUUUGUUUUGAACAGUCUCACCACUGGUUUCAUAUUCAGUUCUGCUUUAUUCUGCAGAGGCCAUCAUAAGUACAGCCUGUGCUCUUAAAGUUGGAGAAUGAGUGUUUUUGGUUCAUCUUAAAGGAGUCGUCUGACUUUUUGGGGAAAAAGUUUUCUUCUUUAAUUGCGGUUCACUUUCCCGUAUAAUCGGCUUUCUAUCGGGACACACAUGAGUUCUCUCAUGUGGUGUGAAACCUUUCUCUAAAUUCAUGGCUCUUGUUUUCUUUAUUAUCGUGUUAGAAAACAAGUUUUGUUGCUCAUGACAAACAAAUGGAAAACCACUGGUUAUGUUCAAACUCUGAGGGGCGAAAAAAAAAAAAAAAGCACAUUUGUCACAGACGCACUACAAAACAUGACUCAUCUCCAUCUUGUUGCUGUACGUGUUUGAGGUGACAUGAGGGAUUAUGUAUCUUUUUGUUUCAAGACGUAUUUUAUGUUGGACGCCACGUCCCAGUUGUUAACCCGUGAAUGUAUGACCGUGCAGCACUGAGUGGUUGCAUGCUUAUUCUGAGUGGAGGCAAACACCUUAAAAACCUCUGGGGACCCCUUUAUACCAACUAAGGAAAUGUAUCUUCCAUUGAAUACUACAAAACAAGUUGGCCUGAAUGCCUUGAAAUGUGCACUAUUUUCUUUUAGAAUGAUAUAAAGCUUAUUCUUUUACCUUUAAAGCAGUGGAAUUUGUUAUCCUGACGAUUAAUAUUUUAAUAAUAGAUGUGAAUAUAGCACACACAUAUAAAAGUGGUAGAGGUGGCGUUGAGUUUGUGCCCUUGUGUGGGGCAUUUAUAGAAGAGACAGUUGCUGUAUGGACUGUUCUUACCCUGAUCCUCAGGGCCUGCUUGCUCUCUUUCCCUUUGGUCUUAUCUUUGUUUCCAUGCAGACUGCGGCCUCUUUUCUUUUUUUUAAAGAUUAACGAUCCAAAAUUCAUACACACUUAACACUUGAGACUUGUUGUUUUGAACUUUGAAUAACAUCUACAUCUGAUGCUUGAAAAUUAAAGAAGUUAUUUUAAUAUCUGCUGGUCACAGAAAGGGAAAGAUAUUCUAAAUAUAAGAAAUUAAACCAAAGUCUAAAUGAAAUAUGUUCUCUGUUUAACAAUUGCUUCUAGAUUUUUUUUUUUUUCCUUUUAAAUAUAACUGCAUAAUUUUAUUUGAAAGUAUGAAAUGAAUUCUGUUUCAUAUUCAAGAUAUCAUUUAAGAUGUGAUACGUUAUUCCAUUGGCCAGGUUUUAGUUUUUUUUUUCACUUUAUGCUCCUACUGUAGUGUCAGUUAUCUAAUUUACAGACCAUUUCUGCUUAUAAAAUCCAUUCUCCUGUUGUUCCUUGAAACAUUAGUAAGACAUUGCUUGUGUCUUUAGAGGUUGGUAGAGGAUAGGGCAGUGGUGCUCAACUAUGGUUGCACAUUGCAUGUUUGGUCACAUCUUAUAUCUUGGAGUCAGAUAAUACCCUCAUUUCCAGUCAUUUAACCAUGCGCCUGCUGUUAUUUUUAUUUCCUGUCAGUAUUUUAAAUUAACACAAAAAAGGGGGUGUUUAUUUUGUUGCUUCUGCAGUUUGAUGACUUCUUUAUGAAAUUAUGUCUGUAGAACAAAAAGAAACUAUUUUGAAACUAAAUAAAUAGAGCGUUAUUUAAUGAC